AUGUUUUGUGUCAUCCUUUGUCUACAUGUGGUUUUACGCGAUAAGCUUUUGUCUAAAGUAAACUUUAUAAUUGUCUGUUAUUAUUAGGGUUGUCCUGCGAUGUGAGUGUCACAACGUUAGAAUCAAAGUGACUUUUAUUUUGUUUUAUGUCGUAAUACUUUUCUUUUGUUAUUUAAUGUACUGACAUUUAGGACAAAGGUACGUCUGUAGGCAGAGACUAUGGCUUGGUUAGAGAAGCUGGCGAAGCAAGUCCAAGAGAUGUUCAAAUCGCAAAAUAAACUGAAGUUCAAUGAUGAUCUCGAAACGCCUCAGCAAUAUAAGGAGCGAUGGCGUUCCAUUUAUAUCGUUUAUUUCACCAUGUUCCUUAUAUCCUUAGGAUUUAGUAUUAUAGUAACGGGAGUAUGGCCUUACUUGGACAAGUUAGAUCCGACGGCUGGGAAAGAGUUCAUGGGAUUUGUGGUUGCCGCCAAUCCCUUUGCACAGAUGAUCUUUUCACCGUUGGUCGGUCUGUGGAGUAACAAACUUGGCUCUAUUCGAAUACCCUUAAUAGUGUCUCUAGUUGUCUUCACAAUCGCCAGCAGCAUAUAUUCUUCCUUGGAACUAUUCGACAGCUACCGGAAACAUUGGAUGCUGUGGUCCAGAUUUCUAGUUGGAGUUAGUUCAGCAAAUAUUGCCGCAUGUCGAUCUUACCUUUCAGCCGCCACUCGCUACUCGGAGAGAACCAAGGCUGUUUCCAUGAUAUCCCUCGCUCAGGUGCUAGGGUUCAUUGUAGGCCCCGCCAUACAAGCCGCAGUGGUGCCCUUAGGAGGGGAGGGUGUUUGGCUAAUAAAAAACAGGCUCAAACUGAACAUGUACACCGCUUCAGGCUGGAUCAAUGUCUUCCUCUCUCUGUUCAACAUCUACUUGUUCUUUCCAUCCGUUUUCAAGGAACACAAGAUAGCUGCCAAGGAAGCUAUGGUGAAAAUGGGGAAAGAUAACGAAAAGGACACCUGGAAGGAUGAGAAACCAAAUUACUUUUCCGCUUGGUCUCUCAUAGUGGCUUUCUUUGUGAUAGUCUUCAAUUUCAUGCUGUUGGAGACUCUGGGCACUCCUGUGACCAUGGACCAGUUCGCUUGGUCCAAAGGGGAGUCCCUGUGGUAUAUGGGGAUUCUAAUGUCUGUGGGAGCAGUGUUGGCCAUAGCGACCUUCGCGUCCAUAGGUCCCUUGACAAAGAGGUUUUUGGAAGUAAAAGUUAUGAUCUGGGGUGGGUUCCUCUUUAUGGUCCUGGGCAGGUUGUUCUUUAUCCCUUUCUCCAACGAUCCCCCCAGAAUGUACGACGCCAGCUUCAAACUGAACCUCACCGUUUACUGUGACAAAAUAUUCAGAAACGUUACCUUGUUAGAAGUUGAUUAUAGCAUUGUGAAUAAAAGUUUACUGUCGUAUGGGAAAUGGUUGGAUCCGAAUGAAAGCAACGAGAUUAUUAUAAAGAAGAUGACUUUGAAUUGUGGGGAGGACCUCCUAGGAUGUCCUUCUAAUCAAGAAUGGUGCAAUUAUACUCCGCAAAUGACUCUGACACAAUUUAUUAUAGGAUACCUGCUCACCGCUUUUGGGUACCCAGUAGGAGUGACCUUGAUUCAGACGAUAUUCUCGAAAAUUUUGGGAUCGAGACCACAGGGAGUUUGGAUGGGUUUCAUGACAGGUUCUGGAUGCCUAUCCAGAGUGAUGGGUCCAGUCUUCGUAACCUACAUUUACGAAGAAUACGGCACUAUAUGGACGUUUGGCUUGACCACGGUCAUGAUGGCCGUGUGUUUGGUAUGGCUGUUGUGCUUCCAAAAGUAUUUGAUCCCCACGGAAAUAAAGUCGAGAGACGACGACGAGAAAGGACAAGAGCUGAUGGAAGGUACUAAUUUCGUCUCUGUCAAUCUAGACGAGGAUGUCGAUGGGGAUGGUAGGGUGGAAAAUGGUAAAGCAGUUACGUGAUUGCGUCUAAAUGUGAUAUGUUAUCGUGCCAAGAAAUGAUGGACGUCGUUUUUUUAACAGUGUUUUGUAUGUCUGUAUUGCCUACCAGCUCGCCAGUUCCUGUAACGUCAGGAGAUGCAGUCCAGUUUUAAAUAUUUCAUAAGCCUAUAGUUGGUAUAAUAUUUUAAGAUCACAUAAAAAAGCGUAAGAUGAUGUAAAUACUUAUCAAAAAGUUCUACGUUAUGUUGCUGUUUUUAAACAAAGUGCUAGUUAAUAUUUAAUAUAUUUGAUUGAGUAAAAAUUUUUUAUAAUGCCGAACAAAAAAUGAAAAAAAAUACAUAGGUGGCAGGAAAUAGUUUAAAUACUCGUUUUUAAUACUAGUGAUAAUAGAAUAAAAUUAAAUUUAUAUUUUUUUAUAUACUUGCAUGUAAAGCAACUUUGGAAUAUAUUCUAUUACAGAAGAAAAAAAAUGAAUAAGUAUUGUAUUUACAUUAAAUAAGUGAAGAUAUAUUACAGUAAUGAUUAAAAUAUUACAAUUUUUACAUUGAAAGAAAUAAUUUAGUUGCAAAAUAUUCACAUUUGACGUUUUAUCUUUAGUUUAUCUGUGAUAAAAUUUUACUGAUGUACUUAAAAAUACACCUAGGUGAUUAAGAUAUAGGAAGUAGCUAAAUAAUCCUAAUUGUAUUAAAGUGUGUCAAAGCUUUAUGAAUGAUUUUUAUAUAAAAUUUUUGGAUGCUAUACUGGUUAGAAGUGACUGUGUAUUUUCAAAUCUAUUUUAAUAGAUUUAAUAAUUAUUAAAAUACACUAAAAGCCAAACUACAUAUAGAACAGGAAAAUUAAUAAAGACAAUGUGUAUUUAUAUAUUUUUGUUAAUACUUAACACUAUAAUUAUAGUGAAUACGGUAUUUUUUCAAAUUUCAAUUUCGGAAUCCUUUUUAAUUUAUUAUUAAUUUUGUAAAUAUAGUUGCUAUCCAAUAUUUCGUAUUUUACAUAUUUAAUAUAAGUAUCAUGGUAUUUUACAAGUUUUCCAAUACAUUUUAAAUAUUGCUGUUUUAAGGAGGUUUCAGUGUUUUAUAUAAAGCUUUCAUAUUUGACUGAAAUUUUUAUAAUUAUUUGUCUUUCUAUUUCAAAAACAUGUUCCCAAGAAAUGUGUAGCCAUAACCGUAGCAUAGUUUAAGAUAACAAGUUAAUUUUAAAAAAAUAUAUUUACUUUUCGUCUACAGAAUAUCUGUAGUUCGAAGCAAACUCGCAUACUGAUGUAUAUCUUUUUAUACGAUUUAGAUAUAAGCUAAGUACUCAUGUGAUAUUUUGCGAUAUGAAUAGUUUUCAAACAUUGUUGAUUUGACUGAAACUGAGAAGAGUUUAUAUUUCUGUAACAUAGUACAACUAUUUUUACUGAUUUUCAUGAAAUCGUCUGUACUAGCUAGUUUAUAUAAUAAAGCGUAUUAUAUAA